GGUCCAGGGUCCCCUCUGCAAAUUCCCUCUCCCUGGUAGUCACCGUGGAACACCCCUUCGCCUACGCCCAAUCUCGUCAGCUGGGGAGGUCUUCAUCCUGGAUCUCUCUUCGUCUGCUGUGUCGCUUACAAGGGACCGACCGAGUGCUACGCGAUCGAAGCAAUUUCUGGUUCUUAUGCACUUGUGAAUUGACCUCGAACCAUCCCUUGCCAGCAAGUUCGUAGUCGUGGUAUAUCCUGCUCAAUUUUCUCCUCUGCAGGCUAUUUCCUCGUGUCUGAUAUCGACAUUGGCUUACACCAUCAACACUGGCCUAUAUUUGCGCCUCCAUGUGGACCACAAGUUGACAUUAUCCUUCUUCAAGCAAAGUGCUGUCGGGCGCCUUCCGUGGCAUUCUGCCUAAGAGAGCAUUCACCCUUUGUGUUCCGUCAAGGAUGCAUCAACGUGUGACGGAACGCUCGGUAGAUGCUGCGGCAAAGGAGCCGCUUCUGGGAAACGAGAAGAGAUCCUGGCAGAGCAAGAUGCCACACGAAAUCGACCAAAAUCAAGAAAGAACUCCUGGAGACUUUCCAUCACCAAGCUGGACAUUGGCAAAAUCCAAUAAUGGCGGCCAAACAAUGCCACAGACGAUCGCGCAUCGAGGUUACAAAGCGAAACAUCCGGAAAACACUUUGAAGGCGUUCCGGGGCGCUGUCGAUGUUGGUGCGCAUGCCAUCGAGACCGACAUUCAUCUAUCCAAAGAUAACGUGGUGGUUCUGUCUCAUGAUGGGGACCUCAAGCGAUGCUUUGGUCAGAAGCAAAAGAUCAUCGACUGUGAUUGGCAGUACUUGAGCUCACUUCGCACACUUCGAGAACCUCAUGAGCCAAUGCCUAGAUUGUUAGAUCUCCUCCAGUACCUUGCUCAGCCAGGUCUGGAGCACAUCUGGCUCCUCCUGGACAUCAAGAUCGACAAUAAUGCAGACGACGUAAUGAGGCUCAUUGCAAAAACAUUGGCUUCGGUUGAUCCUGGAAUUCGACCAUGGAAAGAGCGCGUGGUCCUCGGCAUCUGGGUCGCCAAAUAUCUUCCGCUUUGCACCAAAUAUGCUCCGGGCUAUCCAAUAUCACAUAUUGGCUUCUCCACCCUGUACGCCCGGCAGUUCCUGAAGGUGCCCAACGUGUCAUUCAACAUGCUGCAGAAGGUCAUGUUCGGUCCCCUUGGAGCUCGGUUCUUGAGAGAUGUGCAAAAGGCGCAUCGACCGUUGUACCUGUGGACGGUCAACGACGUCAAUCUCAUGAAGUGGAGCAUUCAGAAGCACGUCGAUGGGGUCAUCACCGAUGAUCCCAAGACUUUUAGAAAGAUAUGUGAAGAAUGGGAUGAUGAAAAAGAGCCACCAGCAAAACUCAGCUGGUCCCAACUGCUCUAUACAUGCUGGUUAUAUGUACUCAUCAUGUUUUUCGUCAUACCGUUCAGACGCAGAUUCCCAGAAACAGUCGGACAAUUCAUCAAAGCACGAGAUCUCCAGGCCAAGGCCAGCUCCAGCGUGGGUCAAUUAUGAGAACACCCAUGGCCGGUGAGGAGAGACCAGAAAAGGACCAUGAUCUGGUCUAUGAGAUACGAAAUUCUAUGGUGUGUCAGAUUUGGAGUUCAAGAAGAAUGACAGGCGUUGAUACAUCAAUUUUCAAAGAUUGUACAUACAUGUACAUCACAUGUACAUCCAUACUCCAUAUCUAUCGGAUAAUUGAUAAGAAGACAUGGCCAGCAGAGCCAAAGAUUGAAGCUUGCUUCACCCAAGACUU